AUACGAGGGUUUAUAGAGGAGUGUGGGAAAUUUCGUGAGGAACAAGGAUGGGAUAUUUGUCUCGAAUACGACAAUAGAGAGUAUUCGAGACGCGUUAAUCGAAAUUCGACAUAAUAAUACGUUUGUGGCUCGCGCCACAAAAAAAAGGACGUAAUGGUGCGUGGGCGGAUAAUAAUCGUAGAUGUCACAGAAACCCUUCAUUUGAUCUAGAUUCGUCAUUCCUCGAGUUACUACACCUCGCGAAACGAAAGACUCGAUUUAAUUUAUCAAAGGCUUCAGGCAAGAAUACAUCACUAUAAAAAUAUAAAAAUUAUUGACCAACACAUAAUGAACGCCUAGGAUUGUGUCAACUGCAUCCGUAGGUGUGAGGAAACGACGAAUUUGGAUGAGGGAUGCAGUUGUCCAAAAACGUAGCAAUAGUGUAGCUCAACGGGGAAAACCGAGCAUCGAGAUUUACAGACCACCAGGCGGAAGAUCAGAAGGCACAACGGCGAACCCACAGCUGAACGUUCACGCCAAGGAAUUCACGUUGAAGCAGAUCGAAAUGCAUAAUAAUAAUUCAAAACACAAUCACAAUGAGAAUCGAUCGAGUUACUACAACCUCCAGCAGAGUAAGUCCAGCGGGAAUGUGCACAGGUACAUGUACCAGCAGCAUCAGGGUCAGCAGAUGAAUUACCAUCAUCAUGGGCCCGUCUUAAAACAGGCGCAUGCAUUGAACACCUCUGCCUCGAGCGGAAAUAUUCUGCAUUCUGGAGGCCAGAACAGUCGAGUUCACUUCAACGUUGUGAAUUCAAACGACGCAAAGCCCACCGUAAAUCCAAUGAAACCGGGAAAAUUAACAAAGUCUUUGUCGUUCGUAUCGUCUUACGGUCUGAAGCGUUCAAAGAGCUUUAAUAAUUCCGAUGCCCUUGCUUACAAAGCCAACAACAUCCUCGAUGCAGCCGAGCUGGGGAAGUUUCCGGUUCCGGUUCAGGAUGUUUUAAUCAAGGCCAUUGAAGAUCCGAAUACUCUGAACUCGAGAGCAUUAAUGGAUCUGGUCAGACACAUUCUUGGGAGAAUCGUCGAAAACAAACGCUAUGCCGAGCCCGCGGCUAAAGUCUGCAUAAAAAUUAUAGAGAAAGAAGUGAAAGAGACUUUUUUGGAGUCUCUCCUGAAUAUGUGCCAGCAGUGGUAUCAGGACCAGAGCAGAUCAAUUGACGACGUCUCGUCGUGCCACAAAUUUGCGGCAUUCAUGACAUUCCUCAAUGAGAUGUACUGUCAGCUGAAAAGGCGUCAAUUGCAACUCAAAACGCAACAGGAGGGAGUUCCCCCGGGUCGCGUCCUCCUGACGCUCCUGUGGAAGUCCUGUCAGGACUGCCUCCAGCCGUCAUUCAUCAACUCUCUCCCAGAGACGAACUGCUUGUUUUUCAUUCUGACGUGCAUUGGCAAGGAUUUGGAUAACGAACUGCCAAUUCAACUAGAGCAGCUGUUGGCAUGCGUUCGAGACGCAUUUCUCGCUGAAAAUUCGACUCUACCAGCUGUGAGGAAAGUUCUACUGCAAAUAAUUGAGCUGCACGCGGCGCACUGGCAACUGCCCGCCCCAGCACUCGUUUACUAUUACCCUGGGUCCACGAAGUCCUAGCGGUCAGAGCGGCGAUCCUCCUGACGUUCGGCGAAGAUGACUUAAUGAAUCCGAAAAAAUUGAAAAAACUAGGAGAAUUCAAUCCAUUGUGAGGGGGCCUCACCAGACGUCUAGCGUCGACAUCCGGUAGCCUUGAGGAUUAGCACAUGAAAUACGAAAUCAAUAUUUUCCACGAAAAUACUAGUUAAAUUUUUAACUAAUUUAUUUAUUUAGGGGAGGGUGGGGUAAAACGGA